AUGGAUCUGUUUGGAGACAUAGAUGACAUUUCUUCAGAGAGUGAUGGGGACAAUCAACCACCUAUUCCAGGAAAGCCUGUUGACGGAUGUGGAGGACCUCAGGACCAGCAGAAGGAAGAGUCGAUUUUUGAAACAAAAAUAGAAGUAGAAAUUCCCAUUAUCAACUCUGAUUUAGGGAAUGAGUUGUACUUUGUUAAACUACCCAAAUUUCUCAGCAUAGAACCCAAGCCUUUUGACCCUCAGUAUUAUGAAGAUGAAUUUGAAAAUGAGAAAGUGCUUGAUGAGGAUGAUAGGACCAGGUUAAAAUUAAAGGUAGAAAAUACUGUGCGAUGGAGGAUACGCAGGGACGAAGAAGGAAAUAAAAUUAAAGAAAGCAAUGCUCGGAUAGUCAAGUGGUCAGAUGGAAGCCUGUCCCUGCAUUUAGGCAACGAGGUGUUUGAUGUCUACAAAGUCCCACUGGAGGGCCAUCAAAACCACCUGUUCAUUAGAGAAGACACUGGUCUGCAGGGACAAGCCAUCUUUACGUCCAAACUCACCUUCAGACCUCACUCUACAGACUAUGCCACACAUAGAAAGGUGACCCUGCCCCUUGCUAAUAGAUCCUCGAGGACACAGACAAUCAGAAUCUUACCAAUUGCUGGUCGUGAUCCUGAAUGCCAACGCGCAGAGAUGAUUAAGAAAGAAGAGGAACGUUUGCGGGCUUCUGCUCACCAGGAGACCCUCCAUCUCAGGGAAAAGCAGAACCAGCAGGGGCCGAGUGCCCACACCCAGGACCCCAGCAGUGACAAGGAGGGCAAUGAAACCGUCAAAAACCAUCACCAAAGGGAACACCGAGAGGAACGGGCCAGAAUCUUUUCUUCAGAGAGUGAUGAGAGACAAGAUGAAGAUAAGGCUCAAAGAAUGCUGAGAGCAAAGAAACUCACCAGUGAUGAGGUAAAGCCGAAUAUAUUCAAUCUGAAGGGGUUUUCCCUGUGCCCACAAGUCAGCUCCUGGAAUAAAGAGCUCACCGCCCAGGAGCACAGACAGAUGUCUACACACCUCCCUGUAGCUCAGUGAGAUGAAUGCAGUGACGAGACUAGGAGGGCCUGACACUGUGCGAGGUGGGUAGCUGCCCGGAGUAGUACCUGUCACUGGGUGUUGAAGGCAGAGUGCUGGGUGGGCUGGCAAUGCCUGUGAGGAAUGACACACAGUCGAGACACCAGGGCUGGACGAGAGAACUAGAAAUAGUUUGGUGUG